UGCCUGGAGAUGACGACCAAGCGGAAGAUCAUCGGCCGGCUUGUACCGUGCAGAUGUUUUCGGGGGGAGGAGGAGAUAAUAUCGGUGUUGGAUUACUCUCACUGCAGCCUGCAACAGGUGCCAAAAGAGGUCUUCAGUUUUGAAAGAACAUUGGAGGAACUCUAUCUGGAUGCUAAUCAAAUAGAAGAGUUACCCAAGCAACUGUUCAGUUGUCAGGCUCUGAAGAAGCUGAGCAUCCCCGAUAACGAUCUCUCCAAUCUGCCGGCAACCAUCUCCAGCUUAGUCAACCUGAAGGAGUUGGAUAUCAGCAAGAACGGUAUACAAGAAUUCCCCGACACAAUAAAAUGCUGUAAAUGUUUAACAAUAGUUGAAGCCAGUGUCAAUCCCAUAUCAAAGCUACCGGAUGGCUUUACUCAGCUCCUUAAUUUAACUCAGCUGUACCUUAAUGAUGCCUUUCUUGAGUUUCUUCCUGCUAAUUUUGGAAGACUCAGUAAAUUGCGGAUAUUGGAAUUAAGAGAAAAUCAUUUGAAAACAUUACCAAAGUCAAUGAGCAAGCUAACCCAGCUGGAGAGACUUGACCUGGGCAAUAAUGAAUUCAGUGAGCUGCCGGAGGGCCUGGAGCAGAUACAGCAUCUGAAGGAGCUGUGGAUCGACAAUAACUCACUCCAGAAGCUGCCUGGGUCUAUAGGAAAAUUGAAACACCUCAUCUACCUGGACAUGUCCAAGAAUCGGAUCGAGACCAUAGAAAUGGAAAUAUCCGGAUGUGAAUGCAUCGAAGACCUUUUACUGUCCUCCAACCUCUUGCAGCACUUGCCUGACUCAUUAGGUCUCCUGAAAAAACUUACAACUCUGAAAAUAGAUGACAAUCAACUUGUAGCACUACCAAAUACGAUCGGAAAUUUAUCUUUGUUAGAAGAGUUUGAUUGCAGUUGUAAUGAGCUGGAGAGCCUGCCUCCCACCAUUGGGUACCUGCACAAUCUCCGUACAAUGGCCGUGGAUGAGAACUUUCUUACUGAGCUGCCACGGGAGAUUGGAAACUGCAAGAACGUCACCGUGAUGUCACUGCGAUCGAAUAAGCUGGAGUUUCUACCUGAGGAGAUUGGCCAGAUGACAAAGCUGAGAGUAUUAAACUUAAGCGACAACAGGUUAAAAAAUUUGCCGUUCAGCUUUACGAAACUUAAAGAACUUGCUGCUCUGUGGCUUUCUGACAAUCAGUCCAAAGCACUCAUCCCUCUACAGACGGAGGCGCACCCGGACACGAAGCAGAGGGUAUUAACCAACUACAUGUUCCCCCAGCAGCCACGUGGUGAUGAGGAUUUCCAGUCGGAUAGCGAUAGCUUUAACCCCACGCUCUGGGAGGAGCAGCGACAGCAAAGGAUGACCGUGGCAUUUGAGUUUGAAGACAAGAAGGAGGAGGAAGAGGGCCCCGGAAAAGUCAAGGUUGAGAUCAAUUUGAAGAGGUAUCCAACUCCAUAUCCAGAAGAUCUGAAGAAUAUGGUGAAGUCAGUCCAGAACAUGGUUGGGAAAAGUCACAGCUCUUCUCUGGAGAACUCUAUUCCACCUCCCACACCGGGUGCGGAGCAAAAUCUCAAGGAAAAAUAUGAGCAUAAGUGGCCAAUGCCCACCAAGGAGAUGAAACCCGAGGUGCCAAAUAGGGAGCACAAAGAAUUCCAGAAGAGCCAAAUGUCCGAAUCAAGUAAUAUCCGCAGUUAUUCUUUGGAUGUCCCUAAGAGGAAGGAAAAAGAGGAGCAUUCAGAAAGAUCCGAGGAACCCUUUGGACAUCGCCCAGCAGAAAUGCGGAUCGCCGAGCUCCGUCCGUCAUUAAUCGAGGCGCCUCUGUACCCUCCAAAACUUGUUCUUCUUGGAAAAGACAAAAAAGAGUCUACAGACGAGUCAGAGAUGGAUAAACACCAUCACAACAGCGUGUCUUCUGGGACCUAUUCUGACUACUCCCCUUCGCAGGCAUCAUCCGCAUCCUCCAACGCACGCGUCAAAGUGCAGAUAUCCGCUAAAGAGGCAGUAAACAGUUCGUUGUGGGGUAACAGGCUAACUCAGUCCUUCCCGCAGCAGAUUGAAUCUAAGCCAUUACUGAGUCAGCGAGAAACGGCGCCAAUUGGCAAUCUACAGCAACGCAAUGACCGGCAGAACCUCAAUGACUCGUUCACCGAGAAUUGGAACAACAGUUCACAUUAUGAUAACACCGGUUUCGUAGCUGAGGAAAACACAGUGGACAAUUCAGGAGCCAAUCCAAUGCUGAAUUCAAAAUCAAGGAGUACAUCCGCUCACGGGAGACGGCCAUUAAUCAGGCAAGAUCGGAUUAUUGGCAUUCCUUUGGAGCUUGAGCAGCCGACGCAAAGAAACAGUCAAGAAGCUGAUGUAUCUCCUAGUAACCCUUGGCAAAACUGGACUCGAACUCCUAGUCCUUUUGAAGACAGAACGGCUUUUCCAUCUAAACUUGAAAGCACCCCAGUAAACAGCCCAUUGCCAGAGAGGAAAGAACAUAAGCCACAGUCCUUAGAGAACCCAAGCACAUUCUCUGCAACUCCACCGUGGGAAUUCCAUGAUACGGGUCCCACUCGGAACAUAGGGAAUAUAUUUUCGCAUGGCCACUGUCGUCCCGAGUCUGCCAAAAAUACCAUAUCGGCGAGCAAGAGUACAGAACGUCUCUCACCAUUAAUGAAGGACAUAAAGACCGGCAGGUUUAAAAAGUCUCAGAGUAUUGAUGAAAUAGAUAUUGGUGCAUUCAAAGUCUACAAUAUACCUUUGCAAAACUACGAUCCUAGAAAUAUAAUGCAUGGAAGCCAUGACAGACCGGAUUUGGGGAUGAUGCAGGAGCAUAGUAUGUCUAGAAGUCAGUCUGUGCCAAUGCUUGACGAUGAAUUAUUGGGUUACGGAACAAGCAGAGGACAGCAACAAAAGCCUGUUGCGAAAAAAGUGUAUCAGUUUGACCAAAGUUUUAACCCGCAGGGUGCCGUUGAAGUUAAACAGGAAAAGAGAGUACCUCCUCCUUUCUCAUAUAAUCCUGAAUACUCAUCACAGCCAACAAAAACCAUGGUAAAAGAUUUGAUCAGCCCAAGAGCCUAUAGGGGAUACCCACCAAUGGAACAGAUGUUCUCCUUUUCUCAACCCUCAGUCAAUGAAAAUUCCAUUCCACCUCAGUUUACUCAAACUCAAAGUUCAAGGCCAGGGUUUUUGAAGAGAGCGGAUUCGUUGGCGAGUGCCAAUGAAAUGGCGAUGUAUAGGAGAGUGAGUGAGCCUCAUGAACUUCCGCAGACAGAUCGAUACGGUAGGGCCCCCUUCCUUGGGGCUAUCGAAAGGCAAAGCAGCUUGUCAGUUGCAGAGUCCCAGUUCAUGAAAAGGAAUGGUCGGUACGAUGAUGACCAUACUGCAUAUCCAGAGAUGAAACCUCAAGGAAGCAGCUAUCAAGUGAAAACCUUGACGCAAAGGAGGCCAUUGUCUGCCAGAAGUUACAGCACAGAGACUUAUGGAACGGCUCAAACGCGACCGGUAUCUGCAAGGCCAACAAUGGCUGCUCUUCUGGAAAAGAUGCCAUCUGAUUACAAUUUGGUGAACUAUGGUGAGAAGUCAACAGACAAUGAAAUCAAAGCACGGCAGAACCAGGGGAAGGUGGAUGACAGCUGUAACAAAAUGCCACCAGACUGGAGACAACAGCUACUUAGACACAUAGAAGCUAGAAGAUUGGACAGGAAUGCCGCUUAUAAGCACAACACUAUUAACCUUGGCAUGCUGCACUCAGGAUCGCUCGCGGGCAUGCAUGGUGGCAAAAGCAUGAGCUAUACUAUGCAUCCGUCAGCUCACUACCAAGACAUACCUCUCUACAAUACUCCAUCUCAGCAGAGUAACAUUCUGGAUAACGGGCAGGAAGAUUUAUCUCUCAGCCAAUGGAAUCCUUACCCACUGGGCCGACGUGAUGUUCCUCCUGAAACUGUUGCUAAGAAGGCAGGUAGCCAUAUCCAGACACUGAUGGGAUCUCAGAGCCUGCAGCACAGAUCCAGGGAGCAGCCGCACUACGAUGGCGGGAUGAACAAAGUGACAAUCCAGCAGUACCAAUCCCCGCUGCCUAUCCAGAUCCCAGCUGCGCAGAGAGGACCCCAGUCUGGACGCUGCUUAAUCCAAACAAAAGGACAGAGGAGCAUGGACGGGUAUCCAGAGCAGUACUGUGUAAGGAUAGAGAAGAAUCCCGGGCUUGGAUUUAGUAUCAGUGGUGGACUCAGCGGUCAGGGGAACCCAUUCAAACCUUCUGAUAAGGGUAUCUUUGUUACUAGGGUUCAGCCUGAUGGGCCAGCGUAUGGGGUACUCCGGCCUGGGGACAAGAUCCUACAGGCCAACGGACACAGUUUUGUAAAUACGGAGCACGAAAAGGCCGUUGCGCUCUUGAAGAGUUUUCAGACAACAGUAGACCUUGUAAUUCAACGUGAGCUUGCUGUCUAAAUAUUUUUUAUAAACAGUGACGAUGUCCGUUAGACAGGUCCUCUCUUUUUUUUUUUUUUUUCUCUCUUUUCUUCAUUUUUGCCAAUUGCUGGAUCAAUGGCAAAGAGCAGUGCCAAAUGUAGAUGCUAUGUUAUAAUUGAUGGACAGACAUUCACUAUAUACGUAUGAAAAAAGAAAAAGGAAAAAAAAAACUUUUACUUGGAUAACAAUGUAUUAGAUUUAAUCAUUUAGCCUGAGGCUUGGGCUGAACAGUGGUGCAGUUUUAUAAAAAAAAAAAAAAAAAUUCUUCCCAAAGCGGAUCUCCUAGUUUUGACAGCGUGAAAGCACACAAGACGCUCUACUUGUACCCGAAAAAUCACCACCAAGCACUGCCUCAACGUUGUAUAUGCCUUUUAUAUAGAACAUAAACAACUUAGAAGGAAUCGCAAGUCAUAUUUUGACUUCUAUACGAAAAAAAAAAAAAAAUAAUAAUUACAAAAUCAUAUUUUCGUAAUGAACAAAGAAAUUGAUAAGAAAGUUAUUUAUUAAAAAUGUACGCUGAAUUAAUAUUCCCUUUUUUAUAUAUGAAAUAGAUACUUAUGCCUUAUGGAAAACACUUUAAAUGUAUAGAAUUAAUGCCGUUUAUUUCAUUUGAAAAAGAAAAAGUAAGGGUUAAUUAGACUGGAUGUCAUCUAAAUAUAUGUUUAGUAUUUUUAUAGCGGUGCAUCAAGAGAUGUGGACAAAACGGUCGCUUUUGGCUGAAGCCCUCGGUGAAAAGCCAAUCCUAUGUGCAAAAAUAGCAGAUUCCAGAUUUAGCUUCAAUCUCUGCAACUUGAUUGGCUGUGACAAAACCGAUCUGUAGCCAAUAGGAUAUCCAGACACAAACACAACAAGGCUGGAAAAAAAAACUUUAUUCAGUCUGUUCUACUAGCAAUACUGUUGAUCCGGAAGACCCAGAUACGGGUUGCCAAUUUGGGGGAAGAGAGGAGUCUAUUUUGACCCCAUCAUCAGCAAUUGUGUAAAUUCCUUGGACAAUCACUCAGCUUUCUACUAUUUCUAGGUGAGGCUGUCAUUUCUAAUAACAAAGGCAUUUAGUCUAUAUUUAAUUCCAUCUCAACAAUGGUCACCAACGCGUCUUUUCAACAAUCCUUAUGGUGAAAUAAUUUUGCAUCUAGCGCUAUCAGAUGUUUUCCUUUUUUAUUGUUUAUGCUAUUCUCUAAUAUACUUGAGUGGAACACCAA